GUGCUCCGGAUUGAUAUAAACAAUUCCAGUUCGUGUUAACCACGAGCAGUCACAGUAAGCAGUACUUGCUCGUCCAGCCAACCAUCACCAUGGCCGGCAUCAAAGGUCCAGGCGAAGCACGCUCUUACGAUGGCUCCUCCCUCCGCAUCGGCAUAAUUCACGCUCGCUGGAACACACAGAUUAUCGACUCUUUACUGAAAGGCACCCUCUCCGCCCUCCACAAAGCCGGCGUCCCAGAUUCAAACAUAACGAUACAAUCCGUACCCGGCUCCUACGAGCUCCCAUACGCCGUGGCAACAAUGCACAAAGCUUCGCAAACGCAAGCCGCUUCUUCAGCCGUAGGGCCAGUAGGAGGGUUCGUGGGGAGCGCCGUUGGUGAUUUGCUAGGCGGAAGCACAUCAGAUCUCAAGGGUAUGGACACGGCGGCGGAGAAGCAGCAAGAACGCGAAAGCCUGAAGUCCAGCGCGAGCACAGCUCCGUUUGAUGCGAUAAUAGCUAUUGGCGCGCUUAUAAAGGGAAGCACGAUGCACUUCGAGUACAUCUCCGACGCCGUUUCGCAUGGGUUGAUGAAGGUGCAGAUGGAGCUGGGCGUGCCUGUGAUAUUUGGCCUGCUGACCCUACUCAACGAGCAGCAGGGACUAGAGAGGGCAGGGAUAGGAGGCAGCGACGGCAAGCAAGGACACAAUCACGGCGAGGACUGGGGUAGCGCGGCGGUGGAGUUGGGAUGCAAGAGGAAGGCGUGGGCGGAAGGGAGGUUUAUUGAUUGA